AUGCUUUUAAGAAGAUUUUUUCGAGGUCCUAGAGGAACAAUUAUAAAGUCCCUUCAGCCAAAAAAAGACGAGCUAAAAGAGCAUUUAACAAAGCAAAUCAUUUCAAACGGUCCUCUAUCAUUUGCACAAUAUAUGGAGCAAUGCUUGGCUCAUCCACAAUAUGGAUAUUAUUGCCAAGGAGAUGUGUUUGGUCGAAAAGGAGAUUUUAUUACUUCUCCUGAAAUUUCUCAAUUAUUUGGUGAAAUGAUUGGAGUUUGGCUCAACCAUGUUCAGCAGAAGUUCAAAAAUCCAUUUAGAUGAAAUUUAAUUGAAUUAGGACCUGGUAGAGGCACAUUAACAUGCGAUAUACUUAGAACCCUGAAAAGCCUAGAUUGCUUAUCGGGGUUAAGCAUUCAUUUAGUUGAUGUCAGUGCUGCCUUGAGAAAAAUUCAAAAAGAAAACAUUGAAAAAGUAUUCAAAGAUUGAGGAUUAAAAACAUGAAGCCAAAGUGAGGAUGGAAUUGAUAAGUUAUUUUAUGAACAUACCUCAUUUCUUUGAUAUGAUUCAUUUGAAAAAAUGAGGGAUCUCUACAAUAAAGCACUUAAAGGAUAUCCAGCAAUAGUUAUCGGGCACGAACUUUUUGAUGCCCUUCCUAUUUACAUUUUCGAAUUUUCAGAGCAGCAAGGAUGAUGUGAGGUGCAGGUUAAUUUGACAGAAAAUGAUGAUUUUCAAUUAAUAAGAAGUAACGGACCAAACCAAAAUGUAAAAAAUAUCCUUAAGCCAGAAAAACGAUUUUCAGGAGAAGCGAGCAUACAGCUUUUUGAAGGAAAUCGAAUAGAAUUAUCUCCAGUAUCAGUCAGUUUGAUGACUCAAAUAUGUGAUUUCAUUAACUCUACUGUUGGAGCAGGAAUAAUUAUUGAUUAUGGAGAAAAUCAUUCAUUUUCUAAUUCAAUAAGAGAAAAAAUAUCCAAAAAAAAAUGGAAUUAGCCCGGCCUUGAGCUACUUUUAUUUAGGUAAUUUUUCUAUCCAAGUGAGAUUUUUACUCCUCCGCCUAGGGGCUUUAUUAAGGUCAAGUUCUACACUAGGGUCAACGGACUUUGGCUUCUGGGACGGAGACUGAGUAAUGUAGGCUAUCCGAGUCUUUGCGUAAUUCAAAGUCAACAGAGGGGUGGUUCAUCUAAGGCAAGAUGGAAGCAAGUCCUCAGCUAAUCUAACUCCAGUAUAGGAGACGCAAGUUAAUUGGGUGCAAUCGUAUUGAAGACGUUUUGUUCAAGACGAAGGGCGUGAUAUAUACAAAAAUAAACUGUCUUGUCAUCACUAGCGGUGAGUAAUAAUGGCCCUUAAGACCUAGUGUUACGAGCUCCAAAUGUAAAAGUUAAGGCUUCUAAUUCAAUAAGAGUAUUUGCUAUAUAGGGAAUCAAAGGCCAUGAAAAGCUUGACGCUGAUAAAUGACUCCAGAUGCCUGGAAAAGUUGAUUUGAGCGCUUACGUCGAUUUUUCAACUUUGAAAGCUGUUGCUGAUACUUAUACAGAUUUAAGAACUAUUGGGCCGAUACCUCAAGGCUUUUUUUUAGAGUCUAUGGGAAUAGGGGCUAGAGUAGAUUAUCUUAAAACACAAAAUAAUGCUGAAAAAGGUGCACAAUUAGAUAUAGAAUAUGAGAGACUUGCGAGCUCAGAACAGAUGGGAGAAAUUUAUAAAGUACUUUAUACUGGAAGUAAAAGCUUAAUCCCCUCAUGGUUAGCGAAAAAAAAAGCAGAAAAAUCAUUAUUUUAAAAAAGCAAAAAUUCUUUUAAUCUUAUCAUUUUUUGAAAUAAAUUAUAGUUAAUUAUAUAAUAAUGAAAUCUCUGCAGUUUAGCUAGCUUGCAAUCUUAAAAUAAAUUAAAUUAAAUAAGAUUUUCCUUUACAAAUAUUUGCAACUUGGAUUAUUAAAUACAAAAAAAUUUUACUCGCUAGCCAAGCGGGAGCUAGGAGAAGUUUAUCCAUUUUUAGACAAUCUUCAAAUUGAAAAAAAUGAGUAA